GUGCAUUUUUGGCUUUAGGAAGGUUAUGAAUUGCUCAGCCCCAACUCAAGUGUAACAAGAGACGAUUGCAGCAUCUAUUGAGAGGAUAUUUUCUUACAGCAAAAAUGAUUUACUGACGACAUACAAAAUAUCGGCAAGCUUCAUUGAUUUAAACCAUGGCAACAACAACCCUGACUGGUUUCUCAGUGAUGAGCCUGCUGAGCCUUGGCUACAUGAGCUGGGAUCUGAUGAGCCCCAAUCAGGUGGAAAACGAGCCUGACCAAACUUUCAAUGACAGGUCUCCUGUCCAGCAACCUCCUCAUAUAAUCUUUAUCAUGACAGAUGACCAGGGCUUCAACGACAUUGGCUAUCACAGCUCUGACAUUAGGACACCUGUACUGGAUAAACUGGCUGCAGAUGGUGUGAAGCUGGAGAAUUAUUAUGUUCAGCCCAUCUGUACACCGUCCCGAAGUCAACUCAUCACCGGCAGGUACCAAAUUCAUACCGGCCUUCAGCACUCCAUCAUCCGUCCACGCCAACCCAACUGCCUGCCCUUCAACCAGGUCACCCUCCCUCAGAGACUUCAGCAGCUCGGCUACUCAACCCACAUGGUUGGCAAGUGGCACCUGGGUUUCUACAAGAAGGAGUGCUUGCCCACGAGACGAGGCUUUGACACAUAUUUGGGCUCUCUGACGGGCAGCAUGAACUACUACACAUAUGAGUCCUGUGAUGGCCCCAGGCUUUGCGGGUUUGAUCUCCAUGAGGGCGAGUUGGUUGCCUGGAGAUACAGGGGUAAAUACUCCACACAUCUGUACACUCAGAGAGUUCGCAAGAUCCUAGCGGCCCAUGAUCCUCUGUCCAAGCCACUCUUCAUCUUCCUGUCCUUUCAAGCUGUUCACACACCUCUGCAGUGUCCUCAGGAGUACAUCCACCCAUAUAAGGAGCUGGAGAACGUUGCACGUAGGAAGUACGCCGCAAUGGUCUCCAUUGUAGAUGAAGCUGUUCGCAACAUAACGUAUGCUCUCCGCAAGUAUGGAUACUAUCAAAACAGCGUCCUAAUUUUCUCCACUGAUAAUGGUGGCCAGCCUUUGUCUGGGGGCAGCAAUUGGCCACUUCGAGGACGUAAAGGUACUUACUGGGAGGGUGGUGUCCGAGGUUUAGGGUUUGUCCAUAGCCCUCUCUUGAGGAAGAAAAGGAGGGUUAGUAAAGCACUUGUACACAUUACUGACUGGUAUCCCACAUUGGUCGGGUUGGCAGGUGGCAAUGAGUCCCUGACUGAGGGGGUUGAUGGGUACAAUGUCUGGGAGGCCAUCAGUGAAGGAAAAGAGUCACCCAGAUUUGAGAUACUCCACAAUAUCGACCCUUUGUACAACUAUGCACGCAAUGGAUCCCUGCAGAAAGGAUUUGGGAUUUGGAAUACCGCAAUUCAGGCCUCCAUACGAGCAGGAGACUGGAAACUUCUGACCGGAGACCCUGGUUAUGGAGAUUGGAUCCCACCUCCUAUUCUUCCAGGUUUUCCUAGGGAAUAUUGGAACCUGGAGAGACACAUUAAACCUCGCAAAUCUGUGUGGCUCUUUAAUGUUUCCGGAGAUCCCUAUGAACGUUUUGACCUGUCUGAACAGAGGCCAGAUGUUGUGAAGGAGCUCUUAGCCAGACUGGUGUACUACAACAGGACGGCAGUACCCGUAAGGUAUCCCUCAGAGGACCCACAGGCAGACCCCCAACUAAAUGGUGGAGCCUGGGGUCCCUGGAUGGGAGAUGAAGAGGAGGAGAACUGGAAUACUGUUUACAAGAAAGAAAACAUGGAAUGGAAAAGAAAGUUUAAGAUGUUCAAAAGCAAGUCAAUUUUUAGAAGACUCAACACAAGGAUGAUGUCUAACAAAAUAUAGAAGCAAAAA